UCUCUUCCUCUCUCCCUCUCAAACCAACUACCCUUUUUUCAACCUUUCUGUACAUUUCAAUUCAAUGCUCUUUUGAGCUCUAAAUCCCUCUCUCUCUCUCUCUAAGCUUCUUCUUUCUCUUCUCUGUUUCCACCUGCAGAGCCGUCUACAGAAAUCGAAGAUGGCCGUCGAUCUCAUGAGCUUUCCGAAGAUGGACGAUCAAACGGCCAUACAGGAAGCGGCAUCCCAAGGCCUGAGGGGCAUGGAGCACCUGAUCCGACUAUUGUCUCACCAACCUAACACUGAAAAUCAUGUGGACUGCACGGACUUGACUGACCUCACUGUUUCCAAAUUCAAAAAGGUAAUUUCCCUCCUCAAUCGGACCGGUCACGCGCGCUUCCGGCGAGGGCCCCUUCAGUCUUCCUCUUCAUCCUCCUCGCCCUCCUCAUCGUCAGCUUCUCUUUCUCUACCUCACUCUCAAACUCUAACCCUAGCGCCGGCGACCGUGCACCCGGCACCGUUCAACACUCAGGUUGUUAAUCCGUCCGCAGUCACUGCUCCGGCAAGUUUCGUUCAAUCACAUCCGCCACAGAGCUUGACUCUUGACUUUACAAAACCUAAUCUGUUUGGUUCUAAAACGAAGAGCGCUGAGCUUGAGUUCACCAAGGAAAGCUUUAGUGUCUCGUCCAGCUCCUCUUUUAUGUCUUCUGCUAUCACUGGAGACGGCAGCGUUUCGAACGGGAAGCAAGGGCCGUCGAUCUUCUUGGCGCCGGCGGCACCGUCCUCUGGGAAGCCUCCUCUGUCGGCGGCACCGUACAAGAAAAGGUGCCACGAGCACGAACACUCCGAUGAUAUGUCUGGCAAGCUCUCCGGAUCCGCCAGCGGCAAGUGCCACUGCUCGAAAAGAAGGAAAAAUCGCGUGAAGAGAACCAUCAGAGUCCCAGCUAUCAGUUCCAAGAUCGCCGAUAUUCCACCGGAUGAGUAUUCUUGGAGAAAGUACGGUCAGAAGCCGAUCAAAGGCUCACCACACCCACGGGGUUACUACAAAUGCAGUACAGUGAGGGGCUGCCCAGCGAGGAAACACGUGGAGAGGGCCGUAGACGAUCCGAGUAUGCUUAUCGUUACGUACGAAGGGGAGCACCGUCACACUCAACCCGCGUUACAGGAUAACGUUGGGCUUGUCUUCGAGUCAACGUGAAAAAAAUGCUUAGUUAGUGGAGCGACCCAAAAAAAAAAAAAAAAGAGAAAGAGGUAGACUUUUGUAAUAUGUUAGUAGGUGAGGGGGUUUUAUGUAAAUUUAAUUCGUAAUCAAAGAAAAAAGAGUUUGGAGAAUCUUAAUCUGCCAAGUGCACUAAAAUCAAAUUUGAUUGAUUUUUGAUUA